AUGGCAUCGAAAGCGCAACAAUGUACAAUAUGUGGCACGCUUGAAACAACAGAAUGGUACCUUUUGAACGAAAAUUUCGUUUGUGGCGAUUGUCAUGAUGUUCAGUUGAACCCUCCACUAGAACCGUUGGACACGGAACGAUCUCCCGAACGAUCGUUGGCGGAAAACAUAGAACAGCAGGAACACGACGAGCUGACCGAAAACGAUGUAGAAACAUCAGCAGAACAUAGAGUGCCAGAUUGCAUGGUUACUCCGAAGAAAAUGGAUGUAAAGAAUCCUUCCAGCAAUGAACAUCCCGACGUAGAACUAAGCGCGGACUUAAGCAGUAUAGAGGAACAGGAAGAAAUGCAUGACACUAUCACUGCCCUGAGCAUGUAUUCGCCCCGACGCUUGCGACACCGUGUUGUUUGUCCGGUGCGGGAACCGGCGCGGAAAGGUUCGAAGAAGAACGGACGUACCUACCAAGGGCCAAAAGCCAAAUCGAGACGCACGCUCAUGAAAAAGGUGCCUGUUAAGUCUCCCCGUGAGACAGCAUCGACCAAAACCGUUUCGAAGCUGCUGGAUGAAAACACCUGGUACCAGAUCGGUGACAUUGUAUCGAUGGUCGAUACAAAGGACAAUACCUAUUACGCUCAAAUUCGUAGCUUAAUCGUGGACGCGUACAAUGAGAAGAGCGCGGUAUUGACUUGGCUGCUGCCAACCACGGUCAGUCCACCGCCAAACGAUGCGUUCGAUCCGGCAACGUAUCUGGCCGGGCCGGAAGAGGAUAUACCACGGCGGCUUACGUACAUGAAGUUCGUCAUGCACGCUCCGAGUAAUUACUAUCUGGAUCGCAACAACCCUUAUCCGCGUCCUGAAUGUUAUGGACCUUCAAAUACAACGCAAUCCGAGAAUCGUAACUACGUGUGGACUAGCAUCAACCGUGAUAGGUAA